AUGGCCCCUUCCAGCGAUAGCAACAACACUCCUCCUUCCUCUCCAUCUUCUUCACCUAGCCCCUCUUCCACUUCUUCUUCUCGACCACCGACCCCGGAGUACCCAGCAGGGUUCUCCCCUCAGAGGUCAGAACUCCCGCCGUGGUACAACAACGGCGGCAAAUUGUGGAGCUACAGCAACCCUACCUGCUACACUCCCUCACCCCUUACCAGCGCAGAGGGGGACCUGAAGAGCCUACUAAUCGGCUCAGCCAUCGGCUCUUCCAGCUUCGACGACCGUUGCAGCUGGUGGGUCGUGACGGCAACGUCGCGGAUGAAGGCCUCCCCCACCGUAUCCACCUCUUCAACUGCCAGCAAGAUUUUGGAAGACAUCAGUGGCGGCAGCAAGAACGAUGACGCCCCAGAAUCGUCGUGGAAAGCCCAUCAGCCGGAUCUCCACCAAGCAGCCCCCGGCGGCGAUGACGAAGUCACCAGUAGCGUUAGGAAGAGUAGCAGUAGCGAAGCCGAUGAAUAA